AAACUCAAAAGUCGAAUUAGUAAAGUUUGUAGCGUAACGAAUAAUCAAAACUCAAACUUUUUUUAUAAAUCAAUCCAGACCGAGGAUUAGAAGGCAGAAAAGCAAGGGGGGGAAAAAGGAAGAAGAGAAUAAGCUAAGUGGGUCAUUACCAUUUCCUUUCGUGCUGUGGUCGGGGAUUAUCGUUGCUAGGGUUUGGGUUUUGCGUGUUUCUCUGUCUUCAAUCGAUCACUAUCAAAUGGCGACAACAGCACCGCAGCAACAGCAGCAAGGCGACAAUGCAAAGCCAGGAUUGAGGAAGCCCGUUUUCAUUACGGUAGACCAGCUCAAGCCGGGUACUAGCGGACAUACUCUCACCGUGAAGGUGCUCGAGUCCAAGACCGUGCUGCAGAAGGGCCGAUCGGUGUCGCAGCACCUUCGUCAGACCCGAAUCGCCGAGUGCCUUGUCGGCGAUGAGACCGGCACAAUCGUCUUUACCGCUCGUAACGAACAAGUUGAUUUAAUGAUGCCUAAUACAACUGUGAUACUCCGCAAUGCGAAGAUUGACAUGUUUAAGGGAUCAAUGCGUCUAGCAGUUGACAAAUGGGGCCGAGUCGAGGUAACAGAACCUGCAAAAUUUGUAGUGAAGGAAGAUAACAAUCUCUCUCUGGUUGAAUACGAGCUGGUGAAUGUUGUGGAGGAGUGAAACCGAGGAUCAUAUGUUUCGAGAUUACAGGUAUAGCUUCAAAGUACUUCAGACUGUGAUGGUUUUGUUCUAAUCUUUAUGGUAAUAUGCUAUUGCUGUAGUAAUAUCUUUAUUUUGUGGAUGGUGUAUGUAGAUGGGAUGUUUCAUAUGUCUAAUAUGCUAUCAUUAGUUGGCUUUUUUAGGUUUGAGCAGGUACUUUUAGGACUUUGCUCGAAUUGGAAAUGUAAACAAAAUGCUAAAGACAUCCCCUUUUGGGCUUUCCUUUUCUUUUUU